CGGCCAUUCGUGUUGGACUGGGCCAUUUUUUGGCACCCCUCUGUGUGUGAGAGAGAGUACUCGCCUAUCUGUACCAAGAAGGAAAACGGCAGAGAGCUUCUGUGGUGACCGAGUAACGGGGUGGUUGUUAUUUUUUUUUUAGAUUAUCGCUGUUUUUUCCACCUCCGGCGACAGCUCCAACGCUCUGAUGGAGGCGGAAAGAUCCGGCGGGGUGGCGAGCGGAACGAAUCAAAGCCCCGCAGGAAGCGGAGCGGGGCGCAAUCCGAACGGGCCGAAGACUCUGCUAGGUCCCGCUCCCACCGCAUCUGCAUCCGCGGUCGGGGCGAUGGCUGGAUCGUCCCAGCCGCGAGACCCGCAGGACGGGGACGCGGGCCUCUCGCUACCCGGGAUCUUACAUUUCAUCCAAUUCGAAUGGAGCCGCUUCCAGUCCGAGAAAUAUCGCUGGGAGGCCGAAAGAGACGAGCUGAGGGCUCAGGUGGCUUUUCUGCAGGGUGAGAGGAAAGGGCAGGAGAACAUGAAGCAGGAUCUGGUGCGGCGGAUCAAGAUGCUGGAAUACGCACUGAAGCAGGAAAGGGCCAAACACCAGAAGCUGAAAAGUGGCACUGACCAGAGUCCUGGAGAGAAGAAACCAGAAACAGAGGCUGAAACGGUACCCAAUGGGCCUGCAGAUUCAGACUCCGAGCCAACCAAUCAGAUGCCAUGGAAAGAAGGGCGCCAGUUAUUGCGCAAGUACCUGGAGGAGGUUGGAUACUCCGACACCAUCUUGGACAUGCGCUCAAAACGCGUUCGUUCCCUGCUGGGUCGCAACAGCCCAGAAGCCAAUGGACCACCGCCCACCGAACCGUCUACAGAACCAGAAACUCGCAGCGGGGGAGAAUCGCUGCUGGUGCGCCAAAUAGAAGAGCAGAUCAAAAGGCGUGCUGGGAAAGAGAGCUCUAAAGAACGGAUGGGUGGUUCCGUUCUGGAUAAAAUUCCUUUCCUCCGUGGCUGUGAGGACGAUGAGGAUGACAGUGAUGAAGAGGAAGACUUCCAGGGCAUGACCACAGACUGCAUCGAUGGACCACGAAAAAACAAGAAGUCCAGAAGCAAGAUGGGCGAAGAGCCUAUGACCACAGACCUUGAUCCUGAGGAUGACGAUGAUGAAGAUGACUCUGAGGACGCCCUGGGCGAGUUUGAUUUUUUGGCCUCAGGAGAGGAAUCGGAGGGUGCAGGGGAGGCUCGCAUCUCUGGAGACGGCCGUGAAUUGGGUUCAGAGAACAGGCGAAACAAGUUGCAAGGCAUUAUGUCAGAUUUCCCUCAAAAAUCCACUCCACCCCCCUCUAUCCCAGGCCAGGCGCGCUCCAGUGAGGGGGGCGCUCUGGGAUUCUCGUCUGAUGUUUUUAUAUUGGAUGCAGUUGGAGGAGGAGAUAUGAACCUUGGAGAGCUGGCUGACCUUACAGUCGCCAACGACAAUGACCUUACUAUUGAUUUGCAAGAUAAUCGAGAAGAGUUCAAGAAAACGUGGAACCCCCGCUUUACACUGCGAAGCCAUUUCGAUGCCAUCCGAGCGUUGACCUUUCACCCCAGCCAGGCUGUCCUGCUGAGUGCCUCAGAGGAUGGAACGCUCAAACUGUGGAACCUAAACAAGGCCAUGCACUCCAAAAAAAAUGCAGCGCUGGACGUUGAGCCCAUUUACACAUUCAGGGCACACAGUGGUGCCGUUCUUUCUCUGGCUAUGGGAGAAGAAGGGGAGUCCUGUUAUAGUGGAGGUCUGGAUGGGACUUUGCGCGGAUGGAAGAUUCCAGACCUUAACGUGGAUCCUUAUGACAACUACGAUCCAGGUGUGGAGAGCAGCGUGUUGUCAGGUCAUGAAGAUGCGGUGUGGGGUCUGGCCUAUUCUCCAAGCCUGAAGCGCUUAGCAUCGUGCUCGGCAGAUGGCACUGUUCGCUUAUGGGACCCUCACAGUUCCUCACCGUGUGUGUCUGUCUUCAAUAAAGAGAAAGAACAUGGCACUCCCACCUCCGUUGCCUUUGUCAACUCAGACCCGUCUCAGGUCGUCGUGUCUUUCGAUGGGGGCGAGACUCUCCUUUAUGACCUCAACACAGAGCAAAGCAUUAUGGCCUUGGAGACCCAGACUAAGGAUGGCAGCGAGCUGAUUAACCGUGUGGUCAGUCAUCCCUCUCAACCAAUUUCCAUAACUGCCCAUGAGAACCGCACCAUCCGCUUCCUAGACAACAAGACAGGAAAAGUGAUUCAUUCCAUGGUAGCUCACCUGGAUGCUGUAACCAGUCUCGCCACAGACCCUAAAGGCACUUACCUCAUCUCCGGCAGUCACGACUGCUCGGUGCGCUUGUGGAUGCUGGACAAUCGCACGUGCGUGCAAGAGAUCACGGCGCACAGAAAGAAACACGAUGAGGCCAUUCAUGACGUGGCCUUCCACCCAUCACAGCCCUUCAUCGCCAGCGGAGGGGCAGACGCGCUCGCCAAGAUCUUCGUUUGAUUUUCUCUCCGGAGAGACACCAUCACUACUGGGCCAAACAAAUGAACCGCUGAAUAUCCCAACAACGCACACAAUCACACAAACACGCUCACACUAACUGAGGGGAACAAUGUACUACACGCCACUGCCUGGCACCGAACUCAAUAACCCGAAAUCUUUUUAUGGAUGCCUCACAUGUUGUGAUAAGAAUUGUACUGCUUUUAAUACUAAUGGUCUUGAUUCUGUUUUAGACGACACUACUAAAUUAAAUUACUUGCUCUAUCUGCACAGUGUGUAGACGAGGAUGUCCAUUCUGUUGACAGAUGGACGCACACAGAAACACACACAACAUAAACACACACACACCCUUAAUGCUUGGUUUAGGUUUAAUGAUUCGAAGGCUCUCGGUAAGCAAGAUAUAACCCAAGCCUAGACAAAUUCACAAUGCUGUUGCAUUAAUACUAAUAUGUGAAUUAAGUCUUGGUAACGCCUGUGCAUUUCAUUCCAAAGGCCGCUCGAGAUGAGAUUAUAAUUUUGUUUGUCAGUCCGAGUACAACACAGCUUUACCGUAAGUCUCAAAGCUAAGAGGCUUCAGCAUCCGAAAUCACUUCAUUGUUUUAUGUGUAUGACGAACACAUCAACUAAAACCAAACCGAGUACCGACGUGCGUUCGUGACAUCAUCAGCACAAGCCUUUGAUGUCAUCGCUCUUCAUUGUGCAUAUCCAUAAUCGACUAGUGUAUUAUAAAGUUUUGUGUCCAUGAAUUUUUCGGGAAAAUCUGCAAUCGGAUCCACGGGAUUUCCAAACAGAAUGCGCUGUGCAUAGCACACCGUUUUAAUAUCUUGGUGCUAAGAUUUCCUAUGAAUCAGGGACCACGCGGGUCGCAAAGUAUCAAAGCUCCGGCCGCCGCACGGCUCGAGUGAUAAUGUCAUGUUGUUUGGCAUUUCAGAGCCUCAGCCGCCGUGUUGGGAAUUUCAGCAUGUUGCUAGUGCGCUGCGGUGGCUUUAACAUUUCAUCAGGGUAUUUUUAGGCGACGAUUGCUGGGUGAGCAUUGCAGAAACGACAAAUUCUGGUAUGUCAGUACGGCUGUGUUAUAAAAUCAUGUAACCGCAAGAUUUUUGACAUGACCUCAGAUCAUGUGAACCUUCGCUUUUUGUCUGUUAGGGAGAAGCGAUAUAAAGAUGAGUAAAGCAAGGCAAAGCAUCUUAACCCGAGACAUCAAUUAUAAAUGUCGGCCGGAUGGAGCUUGUGGCUUUAAACGAGGUGAGAAGUUGGAGGUAAAUCGGAUUUUCUCUUCACGUUUUCCGGUGUUUAUUUUUAUCUUUACUGGUUUUCCGUGUACCGAUAGCCAGGAGGCAGGUCAGAAGUGAUGGAAACACUGAUGGGUCGAGUGCCAUAAAGAUCACUGUAGCGUGGAUUUACCUCGACCACCAUCACGAGCCUAACCUUAACUUAAGGACAAAAAUCUGGCUUGGUUUGGAAGGUAACAAGUUCAAGCUUAUACAGUACCUUUCUUAUACAGUACAGAGACCAUGAAUGUCACAGACCGGCGCUAUCCCACAAUCCUGUGCUGCUCUUUUGCUCAAAACUUCGUCUCGUACACUAACGGUUAGCUUUAUUUACGUGUGGGAUAACAAAUGGUUCAGUCAUCUAUGUAUUGAUGCAUUUUUACAUUUUAUUUCCCAAAGAAUGCCGAUUGCAUGAACAUUUAGAUGAGUCCUGCUGUCUCUUCUGUACACCACAGCUCAAGUCUUUCAACAACAAAACGCAUUCCUUACCGAGAGAGGACGUAAAUUUGUGUAAAGAACGAAAGAAAUGGAUAAUGUUCAUAUCUUGCCAAUGCAAAUUUCAAAUUUUUUCACUUGCUUUUCUUUACUAGACAUUAUUAUUAUUAUUAUGAUAACUAGUAAUAUGGUGUAAGAAGACAGUAGUACUUUUUUGCUAUAGGCUUAAGACUUGCUUGUGAUUGUGAAAAAAGCCUUAAAAAAAGAAAGCGAGAGAAUCGAAUGAAUUUAUGAGGAAAUUUCAGUCCACAGCCAAGGUAAACGGACCUGUUUGUUACGCGUUUUUAUUUUUUAAUAGCAAUUUAUCACUGUGUGAUAUUUUGUACAUCAUAUUAAGCUGUAUUCAAACAAUAUCCUCUAACUACAAGGGAUGGAAAGACCAGCCUUUUAUUUAUUUUGUUUUAUUAUACAUAUUUUUAAACCGCUUUCUAGCUUCUAUCGAAUUACAUCUUUUCAUUAUUUCUGUUGAUUUUUCUUUUUUUUGGUUACUUUGCAGGUCUUGUGUUGUAUGUAAAAAAAAGAAAUCAAAAAACAACUGAAUAAAAACAUGAUUUUGUACAGA